CGCGCGCGCACGGCGAUCGACGCGCGCGAGUCUCGACGAGACAAGAAAGAAACCAAGUCUCGAACGCACCGCUCGUCGCGCGUCGACGCGUCGACGCGUGGGUGUCGGCGGUCGCCGCGCGAUCAUGUCGGACGGCGAGCGCGCCGGAUUGUUGGCGGACGCCGAGACCCCGCAGACGACGAAACACAACUCGCGAUGGAUCGCGAAGCGAUGGCGCGUCUUCGCCGCGCUCGGCGCGGGGGCGUGCUUGCUCGCGAUGGGCGUGGCCACGCGCGCGGCGCGCUCGAACGAAGCCGCGCUCGGCGCGAACGAAGACCAAGUGAAGCGCGAGACGAUCGACGCGCGGCUCAAGUCGGUGUUUGGGAUAUCGUUAGAAGAUUUCGCCGCGCUCGUGAGGGAUGAGAACGAUGUGCAGAUUGCGGGGAAGGAGUUGUACGAGAAGAAGAAGCAGUAUAAGAGGCUGCAGCAGAUGGAGCGGGCGUGGGAAAAGACGGAGGCGGCGGCGUUGACGAAGGCGCGGGAGGAAAGAGAGCUCGAUGCGGCGUCUGCGCCGCUGUCGACGCCACAAAGCGAUUUGAUCAGCGAUAGUGAGCCAGUGGAGGCACUCGUAGAGAGUGAAACGCCUGUGGAGUUGGAAUCAAGCAACAAAACCGCUGACGCCGUUGGCGAGAGGGAGGCGCCAGCAGAAGAGUCGAGCGACGGAGCCGCGGAUUCUAUCGCCGUACUGAAGCACACGCUCGAAGUGCCGGUAAAGGUGCUCGCGAGAGAGGAUAAGCGACAUGCUCGGCGGAAGUUGCGCAGGGGUGUCGAGGCGCAACUGGGCGCCAUCGAAGAGUACGACGACAACGAGGAAAUCGCCGAAGAAUCGUCGGCGAUUUUGCCCGUGUAUUUCCAUACGGAGAAGAGCGGUGGAACAUCACUCGUGUUGCACACGCUAGAGCUCGUGAAUUCGGACAACGAUGACGUGCUCGGUUUGAUCAAUCGUGUGCGCAGCGAAGACGUCAUGCUUGACAAAGAUCUGCGUGCGAAACAUGCGUUGUGCCCGGGGAGCGCUAUGUUUUUGACGACGGUGUGGAAGGCUGGGACGGUUUGGGAACCGGGACAUCCGCGUCCGCUCGAGGAUUCGACGCGGGAGAAUUGGGAAAAAUGUCGAUUGUUGUCGAGUCAUACCGGUCGAGAACUCUUGCGCCGAACAACAGAACUUGAAGCGGAACUCGGACUAUCACGUCCAAAGAUUCUCAUGGGCAUGUUCCGCGACCCCGCGGAGUAUGAACAAGCAGCAUGGCGAAGCGAGCUGUUCAUGUAUCACGAUCUUCGCGCCAAACUUGGCUGGGGAAAGCUCGCGCAAACCCCACUCGGAUCCGCGCUCACUCAGGAAGAGCUGAAGGACUUCGGAGCCGACAGCAAGUUCGCCAAAAUCAUGCUCGAGGAUCACUGCAAAGCCGGCUUGGAUAAGAACUUCCAAACGAAGAAGUUACUCGAGGAUAAGUGGACGUCCAUGAAGGACAACCACGACGCCAUCAUGGCGCUUGCGAAAGAGCGAGUGAUGGAGCUUGAUUGGGUCGGUUUGACGCAUCGCUUCGACGAAAGCGCGUGCGUGCUCGCGUAUACUUUGCGAAGACAGCCGCUAUCGACGAGUGAUAGCAACUACGACAGAGGAAGUUUGUUGCCGGCGACGCUCAGGGCCAACCACCCGCACAGCGGCGAUCAUAGUGAAGGAGCCAUGGAUCCAGGGCUGAAAGCGAAGCUGUACGAGUGCAACGACUUAGAUGCCGCGGUUUUCAAGCUCGCAGAGACCCGCUUUGAGGCAAAGAAAACCGAGAUGAUGGAAACCUUACAACGGGCAAUAUCGGCGAGCGAACAGCUGAGGCCGAUUCGCGGCGGCGGCGAGCACCAGAUGUUGGAUCCGAAACCGUACAUCGAUUGCAUGCAUCAAGCUGGGAUGGGAGCAGCGUGAUA